AUGACGCAUGCCGAACUGUUCGGCAGCACCUCUAGCACCACGAUGUCAUCCAGUCAGCCUGUCCCCUACGGCUCGGAUGUCAACUUGGAUGUGAACGCACAGAACCCCGCGAGUUCACCGGGGCUCUCGACGUCUGAGGCAGUCACUGGCGGCUCACUUUUCGGGCAUGACCCGAGUUUCAACUUCGACCAGUGGCACUUUCCGCCGUCAGCACCGGCGUUCACCAAGUAUCAAGACAACAGGGACAGUACGUUCCCCAACAUUCUGAUGAACAUGGAACCAGCGGCAGGGGGCCCUGCAAGCAGCGGUAACGGCUCUUCGACACCAGUACGUCGUCAGCAGCCCCAGCAGCCCCUCCUCCCCCACGCUAUGGUGCCCGUCCCUGAGCAACCCCGCCUAUCUGGAGAAGUCUCCGUGCCCAUCCCCCCUGCCGCGCCGUCGAUGGUGACGCAAGACGAGCCUCAGGCCGCUCAACCCAAGAAGCGGAAGCGCACCGGAGGUCGUUCGAAUGGCGUUUCUCACAGUACGCUCGCAUCCCCGGCCUUGUCAUCCACUCAGCACAGCUCCGACUCCAUGCCAUCGACACCGGCCCAAGAAGUGAAGGUCCAGCAGCCACCGACCGUGUCCGAGGUCCAGGCGCAUGGCUGGCAGAAGGUCUGCACCGGGUAUAAUGCGUAUGCGUCCACCAAGGGACGACCAAAGCGCGAUGUCAUCUCGUUGCGGUCGAAGUACUACAAGCUCGUUAAUGCCAGAAAGCCCACCGGAGAUCCCGACUGCCCUCCAGAUGUGCGGGAGGCGAAGCGCAUCGAACACGAGAUUCAGGAACGCGUAUGCUUGGGUGUCGUCAAUGACGAUGACCCUGUCCCUGAGGAAUGGGAUGAUGCAAACUCGGGUGAGGAGAUGGGCGACGAUGCCGGCUCCAUAGUGGAGUCUUCCGGUGAGGGUGAUGGUGAAGUCGGUGAUGGUGACGGUGAGAACGACGACCUGCCACCGGUGAAGCGUCCAAAGAUUGAUGAGGUCAAGGAUGAUCAUGUUGGCAGCAGAGAACAAUCACGGGCUGUGGUGGCUCAGCGAAACCGGCAGCGUGCAAGCGGCCUUCUGGCUGCGCUUGAAGAUCAUCUCGAUCCUCAGAAACGUGCAGAACGAGAGGCUACCCGUGAUCAGUCCCGACUUCAACGCCUCGAAGCUUUUGCUAACAUCAUUGCUGCUCGUGAUGACCGUGUGGAGCUGCGUGAGCUCCGCAAGCAGGUGGAUGACCUCACACGGGAGCUUACCGCAGCACGUAUGGACAAUAUGCGUCUGCAGAACGAGCUACGCAUGAUGCAGAUGAUGAUGAACAUGGGGUUCGCUCCUGUGGCAGGCGUCCCGCUGACGGGCGGGUACGUUGAUGAUGUUGGUCAAGCGUAUGGUGUCCCAAUGUAA